AGGAGAAAGAAAAACAAAAAAAAGCAUUAGAAGCAGAAGAGGAGAAAAGAAGACUAAAAAAAAUAUUAGAAGAAGAAGAAGAGGAAAGAGAGAGGCAAAGACAAGAACUGGAAGAACAAGCAAAUUGUAUAAAUUAUGAGGAAAAAAAAAAUAUACUAGCUGAAAAAGUUGAACAAAUACAAAAGCUUAUACAAGAAAAAAAUAGUGAUGUACUAACCUUUGAAGAUUGUAUUGACAUUAUUUACAAAGUGAAUCUUCCAUUGACUAAUAGUAAAAAAGAAGAGCUAAGAAGUAUGAAAAACAUAAAAAAAGAAGAACUGAUAAAAUUUAUAAAAGGUUUAGUAGUAAUUAAACAGGAUGUUUUAGAAGACAUGAUAUCCUUUUUCCAAAUAUGGGAUGUACAGAAAAAAGGAUACAUUCAUAAAAACUUAUUCUUGUCUAUAUUAAAACAAUUUGGAGAUGGUUUAAAUGAAGAAGAGGAGAAUUACUUACGAGCAGAAUUAGACCAAUCAGCAGAUCCAUAUGUAGAAUAUGCAAAACUACUGAACAAGUGGAUAAGUGAAGAGGAAAAGUAACUUCUUUUCUUUUUUUUGCCUUUUUUUGCCUUUUUUUGCUUUUUUUUUUUUUUUUUUAACUUUAUUAUAAUGUUAAAAAAAAAAAAAUUAAAUUGUAUAAAUGUACAUAAAGUCCAAACUAAUAACAUUAUUAUUAUUUUUAUUAAAAAGAGGUGUGUACGAACAUUAACGGUAAAAGUGAGCUUCAAAAAAAAAAACGAAAAAAAUAAGUAUAUAACAAAAA